AUGGCUUCGUUGACCCUGUCAAUUGGGCCGCUGAAGCCCGACGCCUCAACCUUACAGGCGUGGUAUUCUCUAGGGCGGUCGCACAACAAGCAAAAGGUAGGAUAUAUGGCUCUGCUGCCCACGGGUGCCCUUUUGACAGGAAGACAGGAGAGCAGCAGCAAGGCGCAGGUGGUCCAACCGCUCCAACUUGGCAUGUCCAGCCUCUCACGAAAGUUCUCCAUGUCUGCGUAUCUGUCGCCACGGCCGAUCGAGACCCGAGACGGCCCUCCGAUUGUGACCUUCAAUCAGAAACCCCUGGAUGCCACAUACCUCGUGCUGCUCGCCCUCAAUGAGGAAUGUCGGCGCAUGCGGCGAGGCUGUUUCUACCAUCUGGCCCUGCGGCAGGAUGUCUCCAGGUGCCAUCCGUGUGACAUGGUCUUCAUCGAUGAGCCCUGGGGCGAAAAGAGCGUGAAGGCAUGGGUCGCUUCGAGAUGGGACAAACGGCUGAAGAUAUGUGCUGCGGCCACGAUUGCCCACCUCAAUGCCGUGGAGCAUGCCUCGCAAUAUACCACGUUCCCGACGCCCAACGACCUCUCCCUGACCGCCCUCCCGAACUGGCAGCAAACCACGACGGCCGUGAUCGGUCGAUGGUCCAACUGCGACGCACCCACAUCGAAUGCCCAGCCGGGGAUGGCGGUUCAAGUGACCAACGCCGAGGUGGUGCUCGCGCUGCUGUACAUCUGGAACCAUGGCCGCGUGGCCGUCCACCAUAGUAAUCAUCCCAAUACCAAGAAUAACAACAACAAGAACAACGACGGCGACGGCGACCUCCUCGAGCUCGAGGUCCUGGACAACGGGGAAACGGACUUUGGCUCCACCAAGGUCCUGUGGCAGGAGGUCGAGGACCGGAUCCAGAACCACUCGCUGGACACGCAAAAGGCCAUGUUGGAAUUCUGGCCCAAGGGUUGA